AUGGGUGCCUACAAGUACCUCACUGAGCUGUACACCAAGAAGCAGUCGGACGUUCUCCAGUUCGUCUCGCGCGUUCGCUGCUGGGAGUACCGCCAGCUCGCGGUUGUCCACCGCGCCUCGCGUCCCUCGCGCCCCGACAAGGCCCGCCGUCUCGGCUACAAGGCCAAGCAGGGAUACGUUAUCUACCGUAUCCGUGUUCGUCGCGGUAACCGCAAAAAGCACGCCCCCAAGGGUGCCACCUACGGCAAGCCCGUCCGCCAGGGUGUCAACCACCUCAAGCCCCAGCGUGGCCUCAAGGCCCUCGCUGAGGAGCGUGUCGGCCGUCGCUGCGGCAACCUGCGCGUCCUGAACUCGUACUGGGUCAACGCCGACGGUGUCUACGCCUACUACGAGGUCAUUCUUGUCGACCCCUCGCACAAGGCCAUCCGUCGCGACCCCCGCAUCAACUGGAUCGUCAACCCCGUCCACAAGCACCGCGAGGCUCGUGGCCUCACCGCCGAGGGCCGCAAGAACCGUGGUAUCGGAAAGGGCUCCAAGUACAACCACACCCCCGUUUCCGCUACCUGGCGCAAGCACAACACCCUCUCUCUCCGCCGCUACAGGUAA